AUGAAGGUACAAGACUUUUGAAACUUGAGCCCGCUGCGCGGGCUGAGCUCGGAAUCGGCUUCACCGCUUGUUUGAGAGUUCAUUUUUUAUUUCUUUAUUUUCCUGUUACAAGUAAAUAUUAGGGGUGCAUUUGACUGCAAUCGCUCUCUACCGCACACCACGUGAAUUCAGUGCUAAAUUGGAAAAGGUCGCCGUCGCGGCCGGGUUUUCACGUGGGAUUGCGGUAGAGCGCGAUUUUAGAAAAAUGCCGCCAUAAUAUUACGGGGGCAUUUUACUGCAAACGCGCUCUGUUGCAAUUUGUCACAUAUUUUUCGAGAAAUGUUUUGAAACGAUAAUAUUGAUAUUAUCGAAAAGACACACUGAUAGCAUACGUUUCGUGGAUACGGAGUUUGAAAUAUUUGCUCAAUUUGUCAAAAAAUUCAGGAAAAAUGUGACGUUUACAGCGACGGUAUAUGCACCCAGCGCGUAAAACUUUACGGAAAAAAUAUGUGAGAAAUGGCUCAAUUAAACGUUUUGUUUAUUGUUUUAAGAACACCUCUGAGAAUGCCCCAAGAAUAAUGCCUCCAUGAACACGGUCCUCCCUAAAUGCCCCAUAUUUGGAUGCGCCUUGGGAAUAUGGUCCCGCUACCGAGUCAGCUAGGCCUGCGCAGCGGGCGCAAGACUGGAAGUCUUGUAUUCAACAUGAAAGCUGAGAAAUCUAAAUCCUCGUUCAGGUGGAUUAUUUCGAAGUUACUCUAGAUAGAAGUAUCGAUGAGCCGUAUCUGGGUGGGGAUCCUAUUAAAGGUAUCAUUGAAAUGGUCUGCUCGAAACAGGUUAGAAUCAACGGAUUAAUUGUGAGACUCACAGGAAUUGCAGAAACGGGUAAGAUUUUGUACAGGUUGAAUUUCUUCUUUAGCGCAUAUCUCUGGCAAUUCGAUAUUGAUCUAUUAAGAAAGUUACGAUCUAAUCUCAGCCUAAUUAGAUUAGGCUGUUUUUUCUUGUCGCUAGGGAUCAAAACAGGCGAUCUUAGGCGCCUGCGCCUGUUCUGCAUCGCUACUUGGCGCAAUCGAGAAUUGAGCUCGCAAAGGGUUGGCAUUAAAACUGAUUUGAGCACUUAUUAAUCUAGCUAGAAGAUUUAUUAAUCUAACUAGAAGAUUUAUUAAUCAAGCUAAAAGAUUUAUUAAUCCAGCUAGAAGAUUUAUUAAUCUAGCUAGACAAUUUAUUAAUCUAAUUAGGUGCCAUAUUAAUCUAAUUAGGCCGCCGGCGGCGCCGUAUAACUCGAGUAGACUACGAUUAGAUUAAUAACGAAAUGCCAGAGUAUACAAAUCGGAAUACACGGCGAAGAUUUGUGAACAUGCUCGGGCACGUUAUUAUCGCUCCGUAUCGCAAACCGUACCCCUUUAGCACGAGAAUGAGUCGCUACGCAGCGGCAAAAUACUGGCGGGAAAUUCAGAUCAUGUUCGCAAAUGUUCGCCGUGGAAUGCUCUGUUGAGAAUUGGCGAAUUUCAAUAAAUUCAAAUGCACAGAUGGAAGAGAAACCCACUCGGCCCCAGGCCAUGUCGAUUUACGGCAGCACCUCUCAGUUUUAUUUUGCAAUUUUCAAUAAAAUCUUUGGGUUCCUUAUGUAGUUUGUUUGACUUCCGAAUGAAAAGAUAAUACAUUGCUGAUAAAAAACAGAAUUUUCAGACUUGGAGUGAGAACUGAACAAGAAGGGACGCCGUUUAGGUUGCGAAAUUACAAGCAUAGUAAUUAUUAGGGAGAGUUUUUUGUUUCUGAUAACUGUUCGAAAGUUCACAUGUUCAUUUCUUAGCUUCUCCGUCACAAUCAUUUCGUUUAAGAAAUGAACAUGGGGACGGAGAAACGGAGAAGUAAACAAACAAACAAGCAAACAGAGGGGAAUACCCCCAAGACUUAUAUUAAUAAGAAUGAUAAGAAUGAUUGUAAAAAAAACUGAGAGGUGCAGCUGUAAAUCGACAUGGCCAGAGGCCGAGUGGGUUUCUCUUCAUUCAAAUUCGUGUCCCCGAGCAGUUUUCGCGCGCGAAUUCUCAACAGAGCGCAUUCACAUUAAAAUGCCCCGAUAGUAGAACUGUUCCGGAUUAACGCAACUCUCGCUGUAUUUGUUGUCUUUCGGAACAACUAUAAUCAUCAUUCUUAUUUAAUAAAAGUCUUGAGGGGCCACGGCGACUUAAAGUGUAGAAAGGAGUAAUACCGUAGUUUUAAGAUGUACGGUAACAAUCGUUCAACUGCGCAGAGCUCAGUUAAAUUUCGGACUGCGAAAUCCAACAAAUUUCACAGAUUUUUUUAAACUUUGGGCGCGACAUGAGAAUCUAACAAGCAUCCCAGCAUUGCCUCGGUUCGCGCAGCGGACCCGGUUCAAAAGUCUUGUAAACAAACAGAAAAAAAAAUUGACAAACUGACUAUUAAUAAGAAUGAUGAUAAUAGUUGAGACAAAACAAUUUCAAUCAAACACGUGAGCAUGUUCGCAAAUGUUCCUCAUUGCAAAUCGGCAACUCAUUUUAAAGGCACUAGCAAGCUGGGCUAGAGUAUACCCGCACGACCUAUUCUUUUAGGGUGGCGCAACCGUCAGGAUGAUCUUCCAUACGAAAGUCGGCAUACAUUUAUGGAUGAGAGAAUAGAUCUCACGACGUGAGUACUCGGCAUCUAUGUGCUCAUCCGUCAUGAUUAUUUACUAAAAAGCAAACGGAGUCUGUCCAUUCACGGGCCGGCAAAGCAUACGGAGGAGUGGAAAAUGUGAAGCUGUAACUUCUCUCAGAAACCUUACAUUUACCUCUGACCUGGAAAAAACCGAAAGUCCUAUGUAUGAAAAGCCGGGCCGUGCCUUUACUUUCUUUAUUACUUUAUCCGGUAUAUUCUAUUAUGACCCUCCGUACCAUUCGGUUUGGCACCAUUUUUUUCCGUUUUUUUUGUUGAUUUUUUGACAUCGCUGAAUAGGGAAAAAAAACGGAAAACAAUCAUUUUUUCAUCCCCUGAAUAGGCCCAUUUGAAAAAAGAGAGGGUUAAUGCCGCGUCCAAAGUUUUAAAAAAAGUUGAAGGAAAGGUCUAACAGGCGCCUGAAAAAAACGGGCGCCUGUUUUUUCAGGCUCUCUUGAAGUGACAUUUUCCAGAAAAAACAACAAAACAGGCGCCUGAAAUCGCAUGUUCGACGAGCCUAUCUGCGUGACUGCCGGUUUUUUUUAAACUUUGGACGCGGCAUAAUGGAAUUGAUAUCGUUAAUAACAACGCAUUUAUUCACUUGUGAAUGGGGGGUGCGCACCUAGGAAAAAAUUAACAGGAAAAGAGAGGAAUAUAAAGAUAGUGGGUGGAGGAGGGAAUAAUGACUAAAAUAACCAUUGACCGGCAAUAGCCAUAGGUCAAGUUGAAUACAAUAUACAGUAUGUAUAUACUAGGGGGAUCUUUUCUAUGCGUGCCGCAAAAGCCUCAGGAGACAGUCGUUCUGGGAACAAUUUGGCCACUCGGUUCAAUAGGGCAAGAUGGGUAUGCAAGAAAGAGUCAUGGGGUAGGCCUAGGGAGGAAAGAAGAUACGGGUAACGGGGGGAGACGCCGGGUUUGAGGAACAAAUUUAGGGAGGGGAAAUGGUGUUUAUGCUAUUAUAGGGGCACCGCACAGAAAUGGCGCUCUGUUGAGAAACUCUUUUUGCAGUGCAAAUUGAGCGACCUCGGGGCCGAGUUUGAAAAGUUAGGCCACAUUUUCAGUGGAAAAUUACUUCGCGGCCUAGAAAUUCGGCCAGAUUGCGAACAGCGCGCCCUUUCUGUCCGGUGCCCCAAUAAUAUAUUAUAUAUUGUAGAAUGUUUUGAGGAUAAGAAGUACCCGUCUAUGGAGUAUGAAUUCAAAUUAGAUUGGCUUAGAUUGGCAGAACCUCCCAGUCUCAAGUUUCCCCCCCGGAUACCAAUCAAAUCAGGGCAUUCCCUGGGUAAGUGACGAGGAAAUUUUGAAGCAGCUCGUCAAAAUCAAACCGAACAAUACACUAACCCCAGAUGAAAUUCCGGCCAGAUUCCUCAAAUUUAUAUCUCCCUUUAUAGCCAGUCCUGUGGCACAACUAUGUAAUCUCUCGAUGAUGUCAGGUGCCGUUCCCGCUCAGUGGACAAAAUCUAUAGUGUUUCCCCUUAAGAAAAUUACCAAUCCGACUCUACCCGUUCAUUUUCGUCCUAUUAGUUUAACCUCGGUCAUCUGCCGCUCUUACGAAAGGUAUCUAUUGCGCCAUUUACUUCAGCACCUUCAAGAGAUACAAUUCUGAAGCGAUAGCCAGCACGGCUUCCGACCAGGCAGAUCCACAACUACAUGUGCUUUAGAAGUCAUGAAUGACUGGACCACACAUUUGGAAGAGGGACAACAGGUGGACGUGAUCUAUUUCGACUUCUGCAAGGCUUUCGAUAGAGUACCGCACUCGCUUCUAAUAGAGAAGCUAAUGAUGCUGAAUUAGAACGUGAAUCUUAUUAAUUGGAUCAAAGCUUACCUAAAUAAUCGCAGCUACCAAGUUCGAAUAAACAACGCACUCUCAUCAGUAAGGCCCGCUCCGUGUGGGGUACCACAAGGUGGGGUUCUGUCCCCAGUUCUUUUUGUAUUUAAGUCAACGAAAUUAGCAUGAUCCUCCCUCCUCAGAUACAAUCAAAGCAAUGUGCGGACGAUCUCAAGAUCUACACACACUUCCCCAAGACAUCCCCUUCCAAAGAUCUCCAAAUCGCAAUUGACCGUAUUUCUGAAUGGUCCAAGAAACACAAGCUGUCUCUUAAUCUCUCUAAAUCAGUUUGUAUAUCACUAGGUCGAAAUCCCUCAAUAACCAAAUAUUAUAUCGACACAGCUGAGAUAAAAAGAGAAUCAAUAUGCAGAGACCUAGGAUUUCUGAUCUCUUCAAAUCUAGAUUUUGCUGACCACUGGAAGAAGACCAUUCAAAAAGCAAACAUAAUGACAGCGAACCUUUUCAAGUUUUUUUACUCCCCAAACACACCCCUGAUGACCCUUUUAUUCAAAACAUUCGUACGGCCCAUACUUGAAUACGGCACUAUUGUCACAUGUCCUUCUCAAAAAGCUACGAUAAGAGCAAUAGAACAGGUUCAGAGUAACUUCUCUCGCAAGCUUUGGUUACGGAAAAUAGGAGCUUUCGUACCUCGAGAUUCGCCAAACUACAUAAACGCCAGCGAACGUCGCCGUCAAUUUAACCUCGAAUCACUAGAAACUCGCCGAUCACAUUUAGAUAAGAAGUUUUUAAUCAAAUUGUUAGCUAACAAAGUCGACAUCAAUCCUGAUGACUUUUUCCUACGCUUAAACACUACACGGACUAGACGGAGUCACGUUUACCGAUGGAAGACUCCAAAAUCGAAGCUAAGACACAACUUUUUUACACACAGAGUCUUAUCAAAGAUGAAUCUGGCACAGGCAUCUGUUAAAUGAUCAUCUCUUUCCUUUUGCGCGGGCAAGUAGCUGAAGAUUCUCCAUUUAUUCCCCCCAACUCCCCCACAUCCCCUCCCCCUUCUUUUUUAUCUCCUCUCUCUCUCUUCUCCACGUUAAAAUAAACGUAAAUAAAUAAAUAUGUGGAAAAUCGCAUGCUGCAUCUUUGGAAGACUCUUCUGCUGAAAAAUCUAAAGGGAGACUCUAGUUUGCUAGAAAGGAACGUUGUUGAGGGAUGAAAAAGUUCGCAACCGUAUUCGAGAAUGGGUCUGACGUAAACGUUGAAGAGUUUAAAGUAGAGGCUAGGGUUCGAGGAGCGAAAGGCUUUCAUAAUUUGUUUGCAUUUCAAUAGGGCAGUGUUGCUUACUAUUGUAACUUGUUUCUCGAAUUUUAGCUUCUUACCGAUCCAGAUGACGAGGUCUUUAACGGAAUCUCUCGGUUCGAUUUCAAUGCCAUUCAGGAAAUAUUUAGUUUUAGGGGUUUUCUUUCCAAAGUGAACAACUGCGUACUUAUUUUCUGCUUGUUUCUGUUGCCAGGUUUCGCACCAAGACCCUACCAAGAAUGUUGAUAAAUAUCUUAUGUUUUCAUCUAGAACAAUUGCGGAUCAUUGUAACAACGACUUCGAGUUACAAGAAGGAAAACACUGCAUUGAGUUUGAAGGCAAAGUUCCAUUAGAUGUAUUGUCAUCUGUUGAAAGAGAAAAUCACGGAAGCAUCAGAUACACAUGCACCGCUCUUAUGGCGAUUCCUGAAGACGGAGAUACCGAAGUUGUAUCAGGUUAGUUUUCGAAAGGAAUAGAAUCACGCUUGAAAUGACAUUUUCCAGAAAAAACGUUUAAAGUGUAUUCUUUGUUGAACCUCGAUGCACCUUAUUUGCAUGAUAAGUCUCAUGUAACUGAGGAAGAAGAGGUAUCUCAAAAAUAUUAUAAUAUCCGUGGCUAUCAUCUUUUUCAGAUCACAGGAUGCUGUGGUCGUCGAAAAGGUACAAUUACAGCCACAAUGCAGAUAGAAGAAAUAGGUGUAAUGCCAGGCCGUGCUUCGAAAAUUAUUCUAACAGUAGAAAACAAGACGAGAAAAAGGAAAAGAUGGAUAAGACAAAGGGUAUGCUUCAUUCGCAUGAGAACGUGAGAUGAACUCGUAAAAUUCCAUAUUGGCUAUCAUAAAUGUUAACAAAAUGGACGUAGAAUACAACUUUCUGUUCUUUUUUGUUUCAAAGUCCGUCCGAACGCGGAUUUUCAUCAGAAAAAUAGAGAAAAUUGUAUCUGCCUCAAAGUUUCAAGGAACAGAACUUCAGUGCGCGAGUUCUGGCCUGACAAAUUGCGCUCCGUGUGAGACCCGCCGGCGAACGCAUGAUACAUCUCCGUAUUGCGAACCGUACACCUAAACGAAUACUGGCGGGAAAUUAAAAUCGUGCUCAAAAAUGUUCACCGUGCUGUUCAGGAUAACCACGAAUGCGUUCUUCUGUCACUAUGUCAGCAGUUGGACUUUGUAGCUGUUAACCGUCAUGAUCCAAUGCUAGUGGACCGGAAGUCGCUGACAAUAGCAGUAGAAAGUCAUGUACGUUUAAAAAAUAGAUUUCGAGGAUAAUCUAGGCGAUGAAAAUGGUAAUUCAGGGUACAUGCAAAACAAAAGCAGGAGCAGGUCCACAAACGAAAGAAAUAGAAUUCAUUGUACCUUCUAAUCUCCCACCAACGUCAAUUCAUGCCAAUCGCCUUGUGACUGUUUCUUACUUUUUCAAACUCGAUUUAGAACAUUUUGAUUUAGUACUCCCAGUAAUUGUAGGCAGUACUAAAACAAUCAAUGACUAGCUUGCAGAUACUUUCAAUUUACCGCCCUUGCCCCUCGGUGUUUGAGUACUGAAGCCUAAUUUCAAAAAUGCUGGUUUGAAAUUGCAAACACCAAGAAGCAAUAGCGAUGAAUUUAGUUUAUUUACUUUCUAGAUUGCAAUCUUUCUAAUUUAAUGGGGUUAUUCAGCGUAUUAUAGGGGCACCGCACAGAAAUGGCGCUCUGCUGAGAAACUCUUUGCAGUGCAAAUUGAGCGACCUCGGGGCCGAGUUUGAAAAAUCAAGCCACAUUUUCAGUGGAAAAUUACUUCGCGGCCUAGAAAUUCGGCCAGAUUGCGAACAGCGCGCCCUUUCUGUCCGGUGCCCCUAUAAUAUGUUUGUUUUCGGUUUUUUUUACAUCGCUGAAUUGAGUUUUUGACGUAAAAAAAACGGGAAAAAACAGCCUGAAUAACCCUAUAAGUUAUAUAGCUAGGCAAUAUUAAAAUUUGAGCUUCUUGAAUUGUCCAUUUUAACGCAUGUUAUAGGAAAUCAUUUUCCCCAUUUUAUCUGAGUAAUAAAACGGGUUCCUUGAUGAUUUUUCCAUUGAUGCAUGAAAGUAAAAAUAAAAAACAUUCUUUAUUGCAGCGUUUCUAUCUGACAAGAUAAAUACAUGAAAUUUGUAAAAGGUCGUGCUUCUCAAGUCAGUGCAAUGUACGCAGAGUAUAGAAAAUUGAAAAGAAAGCAAUAAAAAUGUGUUUCUACUGUUGUUGAUAAUAUAAGCGUCCUGCGUCUCUCCCUUGAACGAAGACAAAUAUAAUCUCAUUAUCAAGUUAUCUAAUCAAUCAAUUGGCAUUUUAAGGUAUAUUACAAUGACGCUGCAGACGUUAAAUCAUGGAACCCCAGCCUUACAAUUUUCAAGCCAAGCCCCUUCUAGUGCAUACAUUUUGUAGCGCGUCUUUACAGUUCUAAUGGGGCUAUUCAGCGUAUGUUUGUUUUCCGUUUUUUUCGUUUUUUCACAUCGCUGAAUUGGAUUUUUUGACGUAAAAAACAAAAAAACGGAAAACAAUCAUUUUUUUUCACAGUCUGAAUAGCCCCAUAAGCUAAUCAGACUCAACGCCAUGAAUUUGAUUCCUCGUAUCUUUGUAUGCCGCGUCCAAAGUAAAAAAAAACACGCGGAAAGAAAGCAGUUAAUUAACGUUAAUAGAAAUUUCGCAGAAGACCAGGACUCAGGUAAAUCAUCUGUAAUUUAGCUAGCUAAUUCGCGUUUCUAACCGGACCUAAUUAGAUUGCUAAUUUACUGCGAUUAGAUUGCAAAUUCUUCUAACUGGACUGAUAAAUUUUCUAAUUAGAUUGGCGAAGCUAAUUAGAUUGCAAAAACACUAAUAUUAGAUUCAACAUUUAUCUAAUUAGAUUAAAAUUUCGGGCAAACCUAGCUAGAUUAUGUUUAGAUUGCAAAAACAGCUAGCUGGAUUCAGAAAUCGGUAGCAAUCUAACUAGGUCCGGUUAGAAACGAGAAUCAGCUAGUUAGAUUAGAAACGAUUUACCUGAGGACGCGCACAGCUAAACGAAUGUCUAACUUUGGAAGAAAAAAUGUAAAACUUUGGACGAAAUUUGGUUUUUCAGCUAAAAAAAUUUAACACAUUUUUCCCGUCGAAAACUGAUGCAAACGCACUCCAUAGAGAAUUGGUCUGCGCUUUGGAAGACGGCUGCGCCGUGUCUCAACACUUGUUCAGAAAGCCACCUGACUUUAUAUUAAUUACAACUUUCUGAAACAUGGCCCGCUGCGCGUGUUCAUUUCUCAAUUUCUCCCCAUUAGAAACGAUAACCCUAUUAGAAACGAUUUACCUGAGAAGCAGCUUUCAAGCGUUAGCUCUGGCAAUUCGAUAUUUCUCCAAUUAGAAAGUUACAAUCUAAUCUCAACCUAAUUCGAUCGAUUAGGCUGUUUUUUCUUGGCGCCAUCGAGAUUUGAGCCAACAAAGGUUUGGCGUGAAAAUUUAUCUGUCUGUGCAUUUAUUAAUCAAGCUAGAAGAUUUAUUAAUCUAGCUAGACAAUUUAUUUAUCUAAUUAGGUGUCAAUGAUACCGUGUCAUACUAAUUAGACAGCCGUACGAUUAAUAACGAAAUGCCAGAGUGCUGGUCCCAAAAGUCUUGUGGAGUUAUAAGAAUGAUGAUUGUUUUUGUUUAAUUUGUUUAGCAAACCUGAGUUCUAUUAUGUCCAAAGUUUAAAGGUUGAUCAAUAAGUUUCCAUCCUUUCGGGUGAAUCUCAUUGAUGCAGGAUGCCUCCUUCGGGAGAUAUGAUUUUUUGAAGACACCUGAAAAAGGGGCGAUUCUCGAAAAAAAAGAAAAAAUACUUAUUAAUCUAGCUAGAAGAUUUAUUAAUCUAGCUAGAAGAUUUAUUAAUCUAGCUAGAAGAUUUAUUAAUCUAGCUAGAAGAUUUAUUAAUCUAGCUAGACAAUGUAUUAAUCCAAUUAGGUGUCAUAUCAAUCUUAUUAGGCCGCCGUAUAACUCGAGUAGACUACGAUUAGAUUAAUAAUGAAAUGCCAGAGAAGUUUGGACCCUUUUUUCCCAUAACUACUUCGGAAUUCGAGAUAAAAUUACUCUGGCAUUUUCGGUAUUAAUCUAAUCGUAGUCUACUCGAGUUAUACGGCGGCCUAAUUAGAUUAAUAAAUUGUCUAGCUAGAUUAAUAAGUUCUCAAAAUAGAUCGUAACUUUCUAAUUAGAUUAAUAUCGAAUUGCCAGAGUACGUGGAGGAUACGUAACAAUUAUCGAUCAUAAUAUAAGGAAAAACGAUAAAAUUUAGAAUUUUUCCAGAUUUUGGCUUCAGGCUUCAAAAUUAGGAUAUUUCGGGUGGUUAUUGUAGGUGUCCUGUACUAGGGUUGGCAACGGGGCACCCCCUCGCCCCGCGUUACUACAGGCCCCACACGCUCCCGUCCGCCCCCGGGCCCUUAAAGUGUAAUUAAAAUUCUGUAAAAAAUUUAGUAGAUUAAUGCGUUUACUCACUAUCGACGUGCGUUGGGAAAAAUUUUUUAAAAAAAUUCCUGCUCGCUUUUGGAAAAACCGGUCGGGGGCGAGAGGCACCCCGAUGCCAACCCUAUCCUCUGGCAAUUCGAUAUUAAUCUAAUUAGAAAGUUACUGAUCUAAGCGCGACCUAAUUAGAUUCGGCUGUUUUUUCUUGGCGCAAUCGAGAUUUGAGCCAACAAACGGUUGGCGUGAACCUUGAUUUCAGCACUUAUUAAUCUAGCUAGACAAUUCAUUAAUCUAAUUAGGUGUCAUAUCAAUCUUAUUAGGCCGCCAUUAGAUUAAUAACGAAAUGCCAGAGAUCCUGUACUACCUUCAAUAUAGAAAAAUCAGGUGCAACACGUCGGGAACUAUUUUUUUUUCGGGUGUCUUAAAAAAAUCAUAUCUCCUGAUGGAGGCAUUCUUAGUUAAUGAGAUUCAACCAGGAAGAGUACAUUGAGUAUGCGCCUCUAGUUUCCUCAAAACCUGGAAUUUAAAAAAAUUCAACGAGAAAAAAUCCGGAAAAGAUCGAAACUUAUUGAUUAACCUAAUAGCUGGAAAAUGCCUGGUCGUCUUGGAUUUGCAAUCGAUCGCGGAGGAACGUUUACAGAUGUUAUUGUUUUCAAACCUAACGAUGAAGUGGACGUUCUUAAGGUAAUAUUCUGUAGAGUCGUUUGUCCCCCUGGGGGACUCCCCGAACAGAACCAAUGAACUCACAUUCGUUUUUUUUUUAAUUCCGGUGAAAAAAACCUUAUGGGGCUAUUCAGCGUAUGUUUGUUUUCCGGUUUUUUCGUUUUUUUUCAUCGCUGAAUUGGGUUUUUUGACGUAAAAAACGGAACAAAUAAUUUUUUUCACAGCCUGAAUAACCCCUUAGGCCAAAGCGAAACGAAAUGACCUAACGCUUUAUGCAAUCGACCGUUGGCGGAAAUUCAACUUUUAAUUUUCAAUGUUUCCGUCAUGACCCCGUGUCGAAUACCUCUCUGUUAUAGGUGCUUUCUGUUGAUCCUGCGAACUACCCUGAUGCGCCAACAGAAGCUAUGCGACAAGUUUUAGAACGGGAAACAGGAAGAUCUAUUCCACGAGGUGCUCCCCUUCCGACAGGUUCGCUUCUUUGAAAAACGAACAUCUCUAAGUUAUUCAGAGCUAAUUUCGUGGAUAAGGAUGGGAACUACUGUUGCAACUAACGCACUUUUAGAAAGGAAGGGAGAGCGUAUUGGACUGCUGAUAACGAAAGGAUUCAAAGAUCUACUGUUCAUCGGAAAUCAGUCUCGACCAAACAUAUUUCAAUUCGAUAUCAGGAUACCGGAUGUGCUCUAUGAAGAUGUUAUCGAAGUUAAUGAACGUGUUCUUAUUUUUGAUCAAGCUAAGGAGUUAAUUACCGACUUGAACAAAGUGAAAUCAGCAAUAAACGGAUGUCAAGUUUUCGUGGAACAAGAGUUGGACGAAGCUGAGCUGGAAAACAGCUUGAAAACGCUGAAACAAAGAGAUAUCAAGAGUGUUGCCAUUCUAUUUAUACACAGUUUCAUGUAAGUGUUCUGGGGUCCACAAGAUUAGAAGGGUUUUAUUUGUGGAGUUGCUGGCGCUGUGCCCGGCUCUGACACUUACUAUUACUAAUAUAGUCUAUUAGGAGCCAUCUCACUGCAAUCACGCUCUGCGGAGAAACUCUUUUUGCAGUACAAAUUUCAAUUGCCUCGGGGUCGAGUUUGAAGAAAAAUGAAAAAGUUAUACAUUUUCAGUGAAAAAUAAACAAAAAUUACUUCGCGGCCAAGAAACGAGCGCGAUGGCAGACAAACACCUUCAGAGUUUUGUAUUAAGGAAGAUAAUUUCAGAUAUCCUUAUCACGAAAAAAAGGCGGGUCAAAUCGCGAAAAACUGUGGACUCGAAUAUAUUUCUCUUUCUCAUCAAGUAAUGCCAAUGAUCAAAGUAGUACCCCGAGGAUUCACGGUUUGUGCUGAUGCCUAUCUCACUCCAAAGAUAAUGGAUUAUAUUCGUGGCUUCCGUUCCGGCUUCGACAAUCUGUCCAACUUGCGUGUCGAUUUCAUGCAAUCGGAUGGUGGUUUGUGCGACAUGAACACGUGAGUAUAUACAUAGUAAACCAUUUCGAACUAAAGUUGAUGAAUUAUUAGAUUCCGUGGAUCCCGGGCCAUUCUUAGCGGGCCAGCAGGUGGCGUUGUUGGUAUCGCGAAUACUGCCUAUUAUGAAAGUGAUGGAAAGCCUGUUAUUGGAUUUGACAUGGGUGGUACUUCGACAGAUGUAUGUUUUGUUUUCAAUGGGAGUUUUUUCGGCUGAUUCGGGGGUGCAAUAUGCGUCGUUUGCAAACUAUUACAAUUGCUAGGGUGAAUUGAAAGGUUCCAUAAAGGGUAGUCUCUCUUCUACAAUCUCUUGUACGCAGAAAUAGUAUCAGACGUUUCUUACUUUAAAAAAGUGUCACGAAAUUCGGUCAGUGGAGCAGAUUAUUUUUCCUGAUAGUGAGCAACAUUUAUGACUUUGAUUCAGGUCUGCCGAUUCUCCGGCCAUCUUGAGCAUGUGAUGGAAACAACAACUGCUGGAAUCACUAUUCAGGCACCUCAAGUAAGUUACAGAAAAAACGCUGAAUAUCAUAGUUGCCACCAGGUCAUUUCUGACAAUUUUUUGACGGAUUUUUUAAUAUUCCUCAGCACUUCACGUUUAUGGCAAUGUCGCUCUCCAACGUAAAAACCCUUAAAAUUUUCGUUUUUUUACAUCGGUGAAUUGGGUUUUUUGACGUAAAAAAACGAAAAAAAAAACGGAAAAAAAAAUCAUUUUUUCACAGCCUGAAUAACCCCAUAAACAAUAAUUUUAACAGCUCGAUAUUCGAACAGUGGCUGCUGGAGGAGGCUCAAGGCUGUUCUUCCGAGAUGGUCUUCUUGUCGUUGGUCCUGAAUCUGCUGGUGCACAUCCUGGCCCCGUAUGCUAUCGAAAAAAAGGGUAAUUCGUUCAAAUUCAAAUAGUACGUGUUACUUUUUCUAUCACAGAUUUUUGACAGUUACUGAUGCAAACGUGGUGCUUGGGAGAAUUUUACCUGAUUUCUUCCCCAAAAUAUUCGGUCCAAAUUCUGAUCAAGAACUGGACAGUAAGGCGUCAUAUACCGCAAUGGCUAAAAUUGCAGAAGAAGUCAAUGCAUUUAUGAAAGAAAAGAAUAAUUCUACCUACAAACAGUUCACAGUAGAAGAGGUCAGUCUCUUUUAUCCAGACUUGCAACGGGCCGGCCGGGCCAAAAUUGGAAAUUUUCCGGCCCGGCCCGGCCCGGCCCAGCCCGGCCCGGCCCGGCCCAGCCCGGCCCGGCCCGGUCGGCCCGGGAGGAUGCACUUAAAAACUCAAAGCGAACUAGAACUUCGAAACGAACAUAAUUUUAUAGACUUAAAAUUUUAUAGACUUAAAAAGGCAAUGUUAUAGCAUAAAAACCUGUUAAAAAAUAGAAAUUGCUGUUUAAAGUCGCAAAAAUUUCACAAAAAUUACGAAAAUUUUCUCAAGAGUGGGCGGAGCUUUGGCACGCCAUUUUAGCAAUUUUGCCGCACGCGUUUUCCUCAUCCUUCAUAUUUUUUUUGAGUUCUAACUUCCGGGCCGACGAUUUGCUGGCCCGGCCCGGGAUUUGGCAAGUCUGCUUUUAUCUCUCUCUCUCGUUAAAAAAAGAACUCUUCAUAUACAUCCACACAAUUACCCUCACGCAUACGCAAGAGGACUGCAAUUUAAUAUAGAAAAUGAGAGAAUUCUAACUUUAGGUUACGGUCACUACCGUAAUACUACAGUAAUCCGCUCCAAAUUUUCACAGUAAUCUCACAAUACUCCAAAGGUGUUACCAUAAAUGUCUGGUCUCGGUCCGGCAAUUCUGAAAAAUGUGCAAAAAUAGGACUGCACCUACAGUAAUCCUACAGUACCCUAAACAGUAAUUUAAGCGCUUUAACUACAUUCUCGACAGCGGAGUUUUUAUUGGAUAAGAGAAGGAGCCGAAUUCAUUCAUAGUUUUCUCUAUUUUUUCUCAGACAACUUGUCUCCCCUCAAACACCUGUUGUUUUUUCUGUCAUUUUUGUUGUUGGCUUCUUUCUCAUACUCUUCGGAAAUUAAUUUUAGAAAUACACAAGGGACGCACAAACGGAGAGAGAAAUGCGCAAAUGUUGCUAUUUGCCCGAAAAAAGCCAUCCGUGCGGGCCGGCCCGGCCCGUGACAACUAUGCAAAACCUCAAUUCGCUUAGUAAAAAGAAAGAUUUCAGGUAGCUCUUGGAUUUAUCGCGGUAGCAAAUGAAGAGAUGUGCAGACCGAUCAGAACGCUGACAGAAGUACUUUAAUCAAGGAGACAGUCAUUCUCUUGUAAAAAUGUGUUCUUUCAGUCACGCGGGUACAAUCCAUCUGAUCAUAUUUUAGCAUGCUUCGGAGGAGCUGGAGGACAGCAUGCCUGUGCUGUCGCAAAAAAUUUGGGAAUAAGCCAAGUCCGAAUUCAUAAAUACUCGGCACUUCUCUCCGCAUAUGGCAUCGCUCUCGCUGAUGUAGUUAAUGAGUCUCAGCGCCCUGCCCAGUUAGUCUAUAACACAGGUAUAGUCAGAAACGUGUCAAUUUUUAUGUUUUGGAUUAGAUAACUACUCACUAAUACGUGCUCAGUUCGUCACAAUGAAAGAAGAAUCUUGCGCCCGUCUCUAUGAACAAGGAUUCUCCGAUGACAGAAUGGAUCAUACAUUUUUCAUGAAUAUGCGUUACGAAAAAACGGAUACUGCGCUAAUGAUCACCUCUGACAUCUACGAUGACGAAAGCUUUCACAAAUUUGAAAGCGUUUUUCAAGCUGCAUAUCGUCGCGAAUUCGGCUUUGUACUAACGGAUAGGAAAAUUAUCAUAGAUGAUUUGAGAAUUCGGUCAACAGGAAAAUCUGACUGUCAGAAGGAAAUAGCUAUUGGCUAUGCUGGUGAAAGUCAACAACUGAAACCAGAGCGAUUUACACAUGUUUACUUCGAUAAGGAAUUUAUGGAAUCUGGAGUAUACCUGCUCAAUAAUAUGCUAGCUGGACACAAAAUCUGCGGCCCUGCGCUGUUAAUAGAUAAAAACAGCACAAUUAUCAUCGAGCCGAAUAAUACUGCCACGGUUACAGAAAAUGGCAAUAUAGAACUUGAAAUAGGUCAUGAGGCAGACAAAAAUGAAUCAGUUGAGGUCAGUUUUCUUUUUAAAUAUUUAAUGCAGUUCUCUCGGCAAACGAUUAAUUGCCUACCUUUUUCGACAUACCGUUCCACUGUCUCCCCUUCGGUGAAAAAAAUUUUCGCGUGCUUUUUUGCGUGCGGCUCUCAGUGUCGAUUUACGGGAUACGUUUUUUCAACUGAAAACGAUGUUUUUCCGAGUUUUUGGGAUUAUGCACAGUUUUCCUUCAAAACGUUUGCCUCACGUUUGUUCAUAUGACAGAUAGCUACAAAAUGAUCACAGAGUGCUCGUGCAAAAGUGAAAAUUCGAAGAGUAAUCUCGUUUUUUAAAUUUGGCAUGAAAAAACUAACUUUCGGAAAUUUUGAGAAAACAGUUGACAGAAUCAAAAAACAGUUGCCUCACGAUUGUUCAGCAGACCAGCAGACAAAGGCGGUCAUUUUGAGCACAGAGACGGCCCAUAAAAUGCAAAAAUGACUAAGAAAUUUCAGUUUUUGAAGAUCCGGACUUAAAUUCACAGAAAAUUGUAAUAAUUCUAGUGAGCAGUACGCUAAUUUAAAGUCACAGCUGCCAUUAACAAUUCUGAAAUUCUCUGUUUUACUUCAUUUUUCUCAUUUUCGGAUGAGAUUUCGGGUUUUCGGAAAAAAUCCAGAAAUUUCAGACCUGCUUUUGUUUUCAACGACACUCCGUUUUAAUGCGGCGCUCAAUUUAGCAUUAGCUAUUGGGGAGACAGUGGCGCGUUCAUUACCUACCUACCAAAAAUAAGCUAUUUACCUACUAUCGGGGAAUUUUAAUGUGAAUGCGCUCUGUUUCAAUUGUGAUUUCCAGCCCGGCGCCAAUUAAAAAUAAGAAAAGUUCUUCCAGAAUUCAGAGGAAAAAAUAUUGAAACUCGUUUCGUGCCUGGAAAAUUACGCCCGGGAGACUACACAAGGGUUUCUCAAUAGAGCGGAUUCGUAUUAAAAUGCUCCGAUAGUACCAAUUUUCAGAUCGUUGCCUAUUAAUUCCGUAGGUCAAAUCUUUGAUUUCUGGUCAGCAAUAAUACAAACAGUCGUGUUUUUUUUUAAUUGCACAAUAUCGGGUCCCGUAUAUGCAUGCACAUAAUCGGAUCCCCGAGGUUAGGGUAUUACGGUAGGAUGUUAAACCGUAUUCUUUGAAAAAAAUCGGGGAAGGCUGGAUCCUUAUUUUUACUCCUGAAGUAAUUUUUUUUUUAAGAAUUCGGUGGGGCCGCCGAUAGUAGGUACAGAUUCUAUUUUUGGUAGGACCUAGGCAGGUAAUGAACGGAACGUCCAAAAAGAUAGGCAAUGAGCUGGGUAUGCAAUGAACAAAAUGCAGUUUUGGUAGGCAAUGACCCUAGUAGGUAAUGAACUUUAAUAGGCAAAAAACAUAGGUAAAGAUCAGAUAUCCGCGGAAUCCGCAACCGCAUUCCGCAACCGCAUUCCGUUCCGCAUUCCGCAAAAAAAAAAAAUUCCGCACGCCGCAAACGUUAAUUUUCACUUCCGCGGAUCUCUGGUAAAGAUCCUUUGCCAGUUUCUCUCUUACAAUCACAAAUUUUCAGGCUGAUCCUAUUCGACUAGCAAUAUUCAGCAAUCGUUUUAUGUCCAUUGCAGAGCAAAUGGGGAGAGUUCUGCAGAGAACCGCAAUUUCAACAAACAUUAAGGUAUAAGUUAAAAAUACAUCUUACAAGGAAUGAUCCCGAAAUGAAAUUUUGUAGUUUUGAAUAGUGUGGUAUUAUAGGGGCACCACACAGAAAUGGCGCUUUGUUGAGAAACUCUUUUUGCAGUGCAAAUUGAGCGACCUCGGGGCCGAGUUUGAAAAAUUAAGCCACGUUUUCAGUGGAAAAUUACUUCGCGGCCUAGAAAUUCGGUCAGAUUGCUAACAGCGCGCCCUUCCUGUCUGGUGCCCCUAUAAUAGGGGACUGUCGGGUAAUAUCGGAAAUCCAGUUCAGACCCAUAUUCCCAGGGGGUUCAGUUGUCCUCUACCUCGGUGCCCACUCGGAGUAUCGGUCCGUGGCCGUUGACUACAAGUGUGCUCUAGUGUUUUUUGAAGUCCACUCCGCGACACCGUGCGAAAGAGUUUCCUAACAAAGCACUAGGUUGGUCGAACAGGCGUCUGCUUUUCAGGCGCCUGUUUUUUCAACGCGCCGCUGCGUCCCUACGCGUCCCAGAGAAAAACGCUUUAAAAAGAUGAAUAUUUGGAGAAAAUUCAUCAACAACUAAAAAAAUGAACUUUACGCGUAACAUAAAAUGCACUGUACGCAGAGCCACACCGACGCGCAAAAAUGCAUACCAUUUGGCUGCGUAUGUUGCGAAAGCCGCGCCGUGCUGCGUUGAGAAAACAGGCGCCUGGAAAUCGCCUGUUCGAACAGCAGCCUACAAAGCACAUUUGUAGUGAGUGCCCGCAUAAUGACAGCUUUAAUUUUAGGAACGUCUGGACUUUUCGUGCGCUUUGUUCGCCCCAGAUGGGGGUCUUAUCGCCAAUGCCCCACAUAUUCCCGUUCAUCUUGGUGGAAUGCAGUAUUCUGUCAAAUUUCAAAUCGAGCACCGAGGUAUAGAGAAUAUCAAAGACGGCGAUGUUUUUCUCGCCAAUCACCCCAAAGCUGGCGGAUGCCAUUUGCCUGAUUUUACUGUUAUCACACCUGUGAGUUGAUACCGAUUGAAAAGUAUUAAUGCGCGUUCAAAGGUUUUUUUCAAAAGUGUACAAAAUCCGGUAUUUUUCGUUGCAAACCGAGGACAUCAUGCGGAUAUUGGAGGCUUGGUUCCCGGAAGUAUGCCUCCGAAUUCUAGAGAUAUAAACCAGGUUGUUUCGGAAACUAAUUUGUUCAUAGCAUUUCGCUUGGCAGGAAGGCGCUGCAUUUGUAUCAUUCAAACUCGUUGACGAUGGUGUUUUUCAAGAACAGGAACUCAUCAAAGCUCUUCAAGCUCCUGGAGAUGUUCUUGGUUGCUCACCAGCACGAAAUAUUAGCGACAAUAUUGCAGACCUCAAUGCGCAAAUUGCAGCUAACAGGAAGGUAUAAUAGAGUAUGGUCCGGGUGAAUGCGAAAUAUGAAUCUGUUUAGGGAAUCGAACUGGUCACAAGUCUCAUUGAAGAGUACUCGUUGGAAGUAGUUCAUGCAUAUAUGCAGCAUAUUCAAAACACGGCAGAGCUUUGUGUCCGAGAGAUGCUCCGAAAAGUAUGGACCCUGUCGAUUAGUUUUCAAUGUUAUCCCUUUUGAAGGUUGCAAGGGAUAUUUUAAAAACAAAACGUUCGUGUCGCUUAGAAGGGGAAGAUUUUAUGGAUGAUGGUACAAUCAUUAAGUUGACCGUGGAUGCAAAUCCGGAGACAGUAUUAUAUUCACUCGGAUCGCAACACUUUCCAUUCCUUCAGGGUAGUGCCGUCUUCGAUUUCACUGGGACUGGGCCCGAAUCCUUCACGUCUUGUAAUGCACCGCGAGCCGUGACGAUGUCAGCCAUCACAUAUUGUCUACGUUGUAUGGUUGAAAAAGAUAUCCCUCUGAACAAUGGCUGUCUCGCCCCAAUAGAAGUAAUUAUUCCCGAGGGAACAAUCUUGUCACCCUCAGAAUCCGCUCCUGUCGUAGCUGGAAACGUUCUUACAAGCCAAAGAAUAUGUGAUGUAAUCUUCCGUGCUUUUGGAACCGUGGCGGCAAGUCAGGGGUGCAUGAAUAACCUAGUUUUUGGUAAUGACAAAUGCGGUUACUAUGAGACGAUUGCUGGUGGCGCGGGAGCUGGUGAUGGCUUUCACGGAAGGAGUGGCGUUCAUACUCAUAUGACGAAUACAAGAAUAACAGAUCCUGAAAUUCUCGAAAGUCGUUUUCCCGUGAUUCUACGCGAAUGGAGGCUGCGAGAAGGAUCUGGUGGACAAGGAAUGUUUCAUGGCGGAGACGGAGUUGUUCGGUCUCUAGAAUUCACAAAACCAUUAACAAUAAGCUUGCUGACAGAAAGACGGUAAUACUUGUGAGAAAGCAUAUGAGUGUAUCUACUUUAGUGCCUUCCAACCAUAUGGUCUCAGAGGUGGAAGCUGCGGAAAACGAGGGCUAAACUUGCUCAGAAGAAAGAACAGAACAGUUAAUAUAGGAUCGAAAGCUACAUUUGAAGUAUGCAUAGGUGUAAGUACUCACUAUCAUUAUUCAUGAACUUAUUAUAGAAGUAUUUUACUGCAAUCGCGCUUUAGUGAGAAACAUUUUUUACAGUGCAAACUGCAAAAAUGAUCCCAGGCCCAGUUUGAAAAGAAGCCUAAAAGUUCGGCCAUUUUUCCAGUGAAAACAACAAUACUCAGGAAGAAAAGGCGAAGACGCCGUUCCGGAACGUCGUCACCGGAACAGCCUCGGCGCAAAAUGAGCGCAGCCGGCACGGUUCGGCGCAAAAUGAGCGUCAAUUCGGCACAGGUGCCUUCCAAAAGGCGCCGAAACGCCACCGACGUCUUUUUUCCUGAGUACAUUCCUUGAGGUGGAAAAAUUAGGCCAGAUUAGGAACACAGCGCGUUUGCAGAGAAAUGCCGGGCCGGUCCUGGUAAGAUAGCACCAAAUACUCCAUGGAAGACCGCAUGGUGCACUCAUGAUAAUUUGCGACGCCCCGCAAUUGCGCCUUGUAGCUAUAGCCUAUAUCUGCGUAAAUCUGAUAAUUCCGCUCUGUCACUCUCAACACAUAAACGAAUGUUCGGGGCUGCGGAAUAGCUUGCAUGUGGGAUGCGAUAUUGCCAGGCAAUUGCGGAGCUAAUAUCUAGCUGGAAGAGCAGAUCGGUUCUAUGACAUCAGAUUAAAACAAGGAGAACUACUAUUUUCGGAUUGUGAGUCAGCUUUUACAUGAUAUGUACAUUUCAGGACGUUCUAAGUAUCGCUACACCAGGAGGAGGAGGAUAUGGUUCACCAAAUGGGGAGUGA